AUGAACCGCUGCCCCACCUUCACAAGGGUGAGGGUGGUGGUUUACGGGCCGCUGGCCGACGCCUCCGGGUGUGCCCAGGGUCAGCUGGACAUGGAGGGGGCUCUGACCGCACGGGACCGCGUGGGGAUCCAGGACUUUGUCCUGAAGACCUAUAUAGGCACUCUGCUAGUGUCUGUGAACCCCUACAAAGAGUUGGAUAUCUACAGUAAAAAACAGAUGGAUAUAUACAUGGGCGUCAACUUUUUUGAGCUUCCACCGCAUAUUUUUGCCCUGGCAGACAACGCCUACCACACCAUGCUGACUGAGGCCAACAACCACUUCAUCCUCAUCUCUGGGGAGAGUGGUGCCGGCAAGACCGAGGCUUCCAAGAAGAUCCUGCAGUACUACGCUGUGAGCUGCCCCAGUACCACCCUACUGGACAGCGUCAGGGACCGGAUGCUGUUGUCCAACCCUGUGCUGGAGGCUUUCGGCAACUCCAAAACACUGAAGAAUGACAACUCUAGCCGCUUCGGGAAGUACAUGGAUAUCCAGUUUGACAUCCAGGGGGAUGCCGUGGGGGGGCACAUCCUGAGCUACCUGCUGGAGAAGUCCAGAGUGGUCCACCAGAACCACGGAGAGAGGAACUUCCACAUCUUCUAUCAGCUGGUGAAGGGAGGAGAGGAGGACCUGCUGCAUCAGCUAGGCCUCGAGAGCAACUGCCAGCACUACAGCUACCUGGUGCAAGGCGAGUGUGCCAACGUGACCUCAAUCAAUGACAAGAAUGACUGGACGACAGUGAGAAACGCCCUGUCCGUCAUCGACUUUGAUGAGAGUGACAUACAACACCUGUUAGGGGUCAUAGCAAGCGUCCUCCACUUAGGGAACGUGCAGUUUGAGCCUGACAGCAAAGGCUACGCCACGUUGAGCAACAGCGCUGUGCUCCGCUGGGUUUCAACAUUGCUGGGCGUCAAUGUUCAAGUGCUGCAGGAGGGGCUGACAUCCAGGAAGAUUGAGGCCAAAACGGAUGAGGUGCUCAGCCCAUUCACAGUGGACCAUGCCAUCUAUGCCAGAGAUGCCCUCGCCAAAGCCAUCUAUGGACGCACCUUCACCUGGCUGGUCAAUAAAAUCAACGACUCCAUGGAAAAUAAGGACUCGUCAAGGAAGACAGUAAUUGGUCUCCUAGACAUAUAUGGCUUUGAAGUUUUCUAUGUCAACAGUUUUGAACAGUUCUGUAUAAACUACUGCAACGAGAAACUGCAGCAGCUUUUCAUCCAGCUGACCUUGAAGUCGGAGCAGGAGGAGUACGAAGCAGAGAGCAUUGGGGUUCUAUUCGGUUCUGUUUAG